UUCACCUUUUUCAAUGCUAAGAGCACAAUGGCGAUACUCGGAUUCCGCGAUCCUAUCAUAUCUGCGUCUCCCUACGCUGCUCCAUAUGCGCCUAUUGUGCAGCCACUACUUUUCAUUUUGUGGGCUUGUUUUACCCGUGCGCACAGUCAAGGGUUAACCUGCAAGCCGCAGGAAGGACUGCCGCUCACACAGCCUUACCCGCCAGCUUACUUUCAAGCAAAGAAGUUGCCGGGAUGCCCACAGUAUUCCUGCAGCUGCUGCAACCUCACGCACGGCCUCUCCCUGCACCGGGCACUCCGAGCGGCUGCGGAGGACCCCGGCUUCAGCCGCCCCUGCGCCGCCUGGCUGGGCCGCAUGGCCUGCCGCGUGUGUGACCCCGAGGUGGGGCCAUGGUGGGGGUGGGGCUGAAACCCGCAGUCUGCCAGUCCGCAUGCGAUCAGUGGCUGACCGCAUGCGCCGACGAGUACUUCACACUCGGAGAAAACAGCG